UGGACAGUUUUGCCUGAGACCUCUUGUUUUUGUUUUCUACAGGGUAUUUUUGUCUUGGGUUUGCCGUAUGCUGUUCUGCACAGUGGAUAUGUCGGGUUGCUUCUCAUCACGUUGGCUGCUGUUAUUUGCUGCUAUACAGGCAAAAUUCUCAUCGCCUGCCUGUAUGAAGAAAAUGAAGAGGGACAGCUUGUCAGAGUGAGGACAUCAUAUGAAGACAUUGCCAAUGCCUGCUGUGAGCAACUAUUUCCGAAACUAGGAGGCAAAAUAGUUAAUUUUGCUCAGGUGGCUGAACUAAUAAUGAUUUGCAUUUUGUAUUUGGUGGUGAGUGGGAAUCUUAUGGUCCACAGUUUCCCACAAAUGCCAGUGUCAGAGGAAGCCUGGUUUGUGAUUGCUGUAAUGAUGUUGGUCCCAUGUAUUUUUAUACAAAAUCUUCAUAUUGUAUCAAAGCUAAGUCUUCUUUGCUCUGCCGUCCAUCUUGUUGUUCUGUGCGUUGUGAUUACCUACUGUAUGACACAAAUGGGGAAAUGGUCCUGGAGAAAGGUAACAUUUUCAGUGGAUUUUGAAAAGUUUUGGGUUUCUGUGGGGGUGAUAAUUUUCAGUUAUUCGUCACAGAUUUUCCUGCCCACACUUGAAGGCAGCAUGAGAAACAAGAGCAGCUUUGAUUGCAUGUUGAACUGGACUCAUUUGUCUGCAUGUAUCUUUAAAACAGUUUUUGUCCUUGUCUCAUUUUUAACCUGGGGAAAUGAAAUGAAGGAAGUAAUCACAGAUAAUCUGCCAUUCAACUUGCGGAUGUUGGUAAACGUGUGCUUAGUGGGCAAGGCCCUCCUUUCCUAUCCAUUGCCCUUUUAUGCAGCUGUGCAAGUUGUACAAAGUGGUAUUUUCAAUCUUGGAUCAAUGGAUGGAAAUACUCACAUCUGGCCGUUGGUUUUAAGAGCCAGUUUAUUAAUGUUAACCCUCCUAAUGGCUAUGUUAAUGCCACACUUUGCCUUCCUAAUGGGAUUAACAGGCAGUGUUACUGGGGCGGUUAUGACUUUUCUCCUUCCUGCACUUUUUCACUUGAGGCUCCUCUGGGAUAAACUGGGCAAUCUAGAAAGAUUCCUGGACAUUUCUAUUUUUCUCCUUGGAUCACUAUGUGGCCUUUCUGGGAUCUUCUGUUCAGUGAAGGGGUUAAUUGGGGCUUUCAAAAGCAGCUAAAUCCAAGGAAGCAUUUGAUUAGUGCUGCUUAAUCUGGAUCAUAUCCUUAUCAUGUAUAUUUGUCUUCCUAGCGGGAUGCGCAUGCCCUAUGUGUGAGAGCUAUCAUGGGCUGUUAACGAAUAUUUUAUUGGGUGUAGUUCAAUACAAUCAUAUCAUAUCAAAAUAACUAUCUGCCAUAAACUUGCAGCCUGUGGUCCCUGACCAGCUUUGGGCCCAGCAAGAUUAACUUGCCCACAGCAUGUUGGGUGGUAUACAGUAAGUUGCAUGGACUGAAAUGAAGACUUUAGGUGUGUUUUUAUGGCCUUUAAUGAAGGGUUGCUAGAGAUGGAAAGUAUCUUUGUGUGACCCAGAAAAGUACACCCUGGCCCACAACUGACUGAAUGGCAAAUAGUUUUCUUAAUGAUCAUAAUAGUAUUCA